AAAAACAGCGCUGUCCCGAGCGAUAAAUCGGUUCGUGUGUAGUCUCCGGCCUCUCGCUCCAACAUGAAACUCGCCGCGAUUGACGUCACCGAGCCAUCUUUGUCCCCUUAAUCCAGGCGGCUGUUUAUUACUCCUUCAUUACCGACAGACCCUGACAGCGCCAGGCUCCACUAAUAGCCUGCAGGUGCCGCAAAGCCGCUGAAAAAAGAUAUAUUUUUUAAACAAAAAAAGGAAGAAGAAGAAGGGCUUUUAUAGCGAGGAGACAAAUUUCAGUGGCAGAUACCAAACCAGUGCUCCUCCUAGGCUACAGGCAGGGAAACGCCACAAUAACCAACCAAAGGCUGCCAGAGGGUAGAGAGGAGCGCAGAAGGCAAUCCACAUCCAUCUGCCAGCCACUUAGGACGCGCUAACAUUUCCAGCCCGGAUUUCAGCACAGCUGUCCAGCUAAUACAACCAGGAAAAUGUCUGCCCCAGCUGGAGCCCCCGCACCAGAGGGAGGGAAUCAGCCCCCUCCCAACCUCACCAGCAACCGCCGUCUGCAGCAGACACAGGCACAGGUGGAUGAGGUGGUGGAUAUCAUGCGUGUAAACGUGGACAAGGUUCUCGAGCGUGAUCAGAAGCUGUCAGAACUGGACGACAGGGCCGAUGCCCUGCAGGCUGGAGCCUCUCAGUUUGAGACCAGCGCUGCAAAACUGAAGAAUAAAUACUGGUGGAAGAAUGCCAAGAUGAUGAUUAUCCUGGGUGUGAUAUGUGUGAUCGUCCUCAUCGUCAUUAUUGUGUACUUCAGCACCUAAGAAGAGUUGCUCCUACCCCAGUCUGAUCUCAACUUCCUUGCUACAGAAAAAAACCCUCAAAUUGAUGACAAAAUUAACCACAGAUGAUUCAUUUAUUAUAUGUAUACCUCCCCGAUUAGCCUCGAUAUAACACCCCUAAACCCUUCAGGGCCCCGUGGCUCCCCCACUUCCACCACCUCGCCUCUGGACCCCUGUCAAUAUUUGUCCUGUGAGUGUGUGGCCCUGUCUCCUUUCUGGGUACUCUUGGCUUUUCUAACCUGCCAUUCUGAGAACCAAACACUUGUGACGAUGCAACCGCGGAAAAGGAAACAACAAUUGGCGAUAAUUGUUACAUAACUGAUAUAUAUAUAGUUCUUUGUAGAGUUUUAUUCUGAUAUAUACUGUUUUGUAGAUGUGUGCGCGUGUGUGUGUGUGCAUUUUGUACUUUUUAUUUUUUGUAUUUAUUUUACGUAUGCUUCAGCGUUAACUACUGCCUAUUAAUCCAAGUGUGUAUCUUGCAUGUUCUCAUCAUCCGUCUGUCCCCUGCUUCUUCUCUCGUUUUUGGUGUAUUUUUGCACAAUCUCCAUUUGACUAUUGGAAUUACCGAUAGAUUUUCAUCUUUCUGUCUUACUCGUAUCCACUAAGGCAGUCUGGAUGUGAAAAUUGUGUUAUCAAGUUACAGAAAUUGGAGCUGUCCCACAGACUCAACUGCUCUUAAACAUUCCCCAAGUUACUCUUAGUUCAGAUCCGUAUUUUUAUAACUUGAUGCCAUCAACAAAAAGAGUUAAAGCUCACUGAUAUUGAUCAAACGUACAAAUGAUGCAUGGAUUGUGAAACGCACCUCUAGUAAUUAUCAUUUUCAGUCCUUUCCAUCUCAUCCUCCCCUUCUCUGUCAUUUCUCUUUUUUAAUAACUUGGCAUGCUCGGACACCUCAGUUUUCUCUGAUAAUUUCAAAACUGCCAUAGUACAGUUGGACCAAUGUCUGUAGAUGUUUCUUUUUUAUUUAAAUAUUACGUAGUGUCUUAUUUCGAAAACAUUCCUUCAUUGCAGUCUAGUGCAAAUGCUCUUACUGUAGCACAUGUAAGUGUAAGUAUCUUUAAAAAAAAAAAUACAUGCGAUGAAACUUGUGAAAACGUCAGUCAUGCAAACCAUAGGAGAAAAUAGUUAAUAGUUGUAAGGGUACAUUUUGGAUAGACAGGAUUAGACUUUUAAUCUGUCCAAAUUAUUUUCUUUCGUGAUAGUGGUGACAAUAUCUUAACAUUACACUUACAAUAUACUGUGCAGAUGUGUUCAUGUCAAACUGUGGAUUUGGGCUUAAAAAUACUAUUCUAAUUCCAGGGGAUAACAUGGUACCGUUGCAUUAAUUGGUGAUUUCCACGAAGCAAAGUUUAAUUCUUGCCAGCCCAUCCCCUAAGUAGACACUGAAAAGCCUUAGUCUUCAGUCUUUUUGUUACUGUCGAUUACUUCCGGUCAAACAUACCCUCGCACUUUUAUUCCGUGUGGAGGGCGUGGUCGACUGCAGAAAAGGAAUCUGUUUAAAAUGCACAAACAACCUUGUUUUUGAUGGCGCUGUCUCGGCUGGUCCUUUAGCCUGGCCAACCAUAGGAGAUCCUGGUGCAGCAAAACCUCUCCACAUGAAGAGCACAUUUACACAAGAGACAAUUCAGCCUUUGCAGAUCUAGGAACUGGGACAGUGGCUGAUGAGGAAAACGUCUAAUUCGCAGUCGAAUAUUAGUUCAGCAGUUUGCUAACUUUGCGGUAGGCUCAGAAAUUUACAGUCAAAUUUCAUGAGGAGUGAGAAGAGUAGCAUUCCUAAGACGAGUGUUUUGCUAGUGCGCUGGUUCUGUCUCAGUGAUUCUCCCUAUAGUUAAGGCCUUUUUUCUUUUUUAAAUACAAUAGAUUCUAUUUUUUAUUAUAGUAUAUUUUUGUGUGAAACAGACAGGUAAAGAGGGAGUGUGCAAUCAGUACCAUUUGCUGCCAACUGCAGUGAGCUCCUCUUUACCUCCGUCUGGUGUGUUUUUUGUAAUUCAGCUCUGUGCGUUAUACACUGCCAAGCAUCAAGGGAGAGGCUUCUGUUGUUUUUUCUUUCAUUGGUGCCCUCACUGGUUUGGUCUUGAACUAUUCUCUUAAGGUUUUUUGGCAUCUACUCCGGUGUGUGCUACUUCAUGAGCAGGAGAGCAGGGUGAUACGACACUUGAUUUUGAAAUCUUCAGACGCUGUGUCAAACUAAGGCCUUGUAUAUAUGAGCUUGAGAAGGCAGUAAUCUGAAAUUCCUGUGAACACUGAAAGGCACUUGAGGGGGAUUCGAAAGCAUUUUGCUUUCAGCCACAGGAAACAACUACUUCCACAGUGUUUCCUGUGGUUGCGGUGAGUCCACGCUCUGAAAUAGUUGCAGCUGUUACUCAGUCUGAAUUUGGUGAAGUGGAGGGUUUCUAAGCAUGCAGGCCUGCGUUAAUAGAAAGCUACUCAGCUCGUGCUUUACUGCCACUGUUAACGAUCCUAAAAUGUAUAAAUCUGUCCUUCAAACGGUAGGAACUACAAUAUUUCUCAACAAGUGUGUGUAAAGCCUUAGUAGCCUUGUCUCUUUUCAACUUUUUACGUCCUCUUCCAGCUGAGUAGACCAUGCCCCCCUUUUUGCUCAACUCACUGAUUCAGAUUCCUACAGUGUGUGAGUGCGUCUGCGUGUGCACAGGUGCAUGAACGUGAGUGCGCGUGUGUGUGUGUGUGUUAGAAUAGCUCUGUCUUGGGAAUAUCCCCAGUUUAUCCUGACAGAUUAGGCCGCUUAAAUCUCUGAGUGAGGGCACUUUGUUUCCUUGAACUGAAGUACAGAGAAGCAGAGAGGGUACAGAUCUGCUGGCUGGUUCCAUUAGGAAGGACCCCAACCCUUUCUAGCCCACUCCUCCUCGAUUCCCAAUACAAUUUUUUUCUCUCUCUCUCCAAACUGGAGCAAGAAUAAAGCGCAGAAGAUUACCAAAGACCAGAUUUCCACGCUUACGCUGCCAAUUGCCAUCAAAAACAAGCAGAGAGAAACAGGUUAUCGGAACUGUCCUGGUCUGUUUUAAAUAGCUUACACCCUUACCCUAUCUGUGGGACCUUUUAACUCUUUAACUCUUGCGCGCUGUUUACAUGGCGUGUCAGUUUGGCUUGUGAGUGUGCCAUUCUAACAUAUGCAAGUUAAACCGGAACAUGGGGACCGCAUGCUUCAAAACUCAAACACAAGUCUCCCCUAUCAUGUGUAUCCAGGUCUGAAGAGCUUCUUUGAUCCGUGACGAGUUUUUAGACACAUGAUCCUAUAACUAAUUAUAGCACAAGUAUUCUUCUUUUUUUUCCUCUGUCUCCAUAGUGCUGCCAAGUUUGAAAUAUCAACUAACUAUAGAUGUUAGACAUAACCAAGGAAAACCUUGUAAAAAAGAAAAAAAAGAAAAAAAAAGAAAAAAAUAUCUCUGCAUUGUUUGGUGUUGUUAUAUGGGGGUGUUUUGGGGGGUAGGGGGUCCUAUAUCCUCAGGUUUAAGGUAUUAGCAAUUUACCAAAAUAUAUAUGAGGACAAAAACUAUAUUAGCAUUCUAUAAAAUUGGUCUUUUCUGGCAAUAGAAAUAUCAUUAUGGGGUUACAAAUGUGGUCCUUUCAGCCAUCUUACAGGAGUUAACCACACAGUGGACUGAAGUGAAAUAACGCUACUGAUUGGGGUAGGACUUCUGUGUUAUCCAUGAGUCCAACUGUUGUCCUGUGAGUGCUCAACCAGUUUGGUCACAAUAGUGAGAAUGAAGUGAGUGCUCUCUUUCCCCCCCUUUGCUUUGUUGUCUGUAUGAAAAGAAGUGUGCAUAUAUUUUAACACCGUGGCACUUUUUCUGUUGUGAUUCGUUUCGGUGGGAUGGGAACACAGUUUGAAGGAGAAUAUUGUCUUACGUCAGUCUCGAGAACUGUUCAGUGAUCUCAGCGCUGCGUUCAGGUCAUUUAGGGGCGAAAAAAAGUUUUCAAAUCCUUCUCUGGGUUUGAACUGUAACUCUUAAUUCACACCAGUGAGGAAACAACCCCGAAAGAAAGAGACCGAGAUCCAAAACUUUUCAAGAAGGUGUCACGUAUGUACAGAAUGUUCCCAAAAUACUAGCCUCAAAAGAUAUGAACGCAGCAACAGGAGGGAACCUUUUGAGUCUCUGAAUGUUCUCUGGAUGACUAUAAAUGUACGUCGUUCUGCUUAUGUUAACAUGUUUUAUUUUUGAACCAAAUAUUGUUUUAUUUUGCAUCAGUUUAGUAAUAACCCCAGAUGUCACUGAAUUGUUUGUGUGUCAGCACUGAUGAGUAAUGAUGAAGAAAAUGGGAAGUCAAUGGGAAAAAAAAGUAUUUUUACCUUCAAUUGUCCAGAGAGCUUCUAGAAUGAUGCUAGAGUUUACAUCAGAUGGCCGUUUGUAUCUACAAGAUCUAUUUUUUGUUUAAAUCUGUUUAUUUUUGAGCAAAGACGUUUGAUUUCUCUUUGGGAGUGGGGUCUCUUGGAUGAUGGCUCACAUUGCCCCCGGUCUUCUGGCCUUACAGGAGGGACAGGCCUGGAGGAUCACAGGCAAUGUGCUCAGUUUUAUUUGGUUUUGUUUUUUGUUUUUUUUGUCUUAUGGCUUUUAUUUAUUGAUAGAUUUUAUUGUGCUGUCAUUUGGUAUGGGAUUAGAAACUAAACGUGGUUGACUCAGCGUAAAGGAGAGGAGACUGAAUGAAAAACUAAAGUACAUAAAAUAAUUGUAGUGUAAAUCUAUCAAUGUCUUAUUAUAUUGAUGAACAUCAUGAAAUAUAUGUAUAUUGGAAAAACAGUAACUAUGACAACUUGUACUUUUGUGUGUGCUUCAUGUGCUUUUGUGGGUGUGCAACCAAUGGGAAAAUGCAAUUUUGACUGCAAUUCUGGGACCUUAUCUGACCUGUAUGAAUAAGCAUAAAUUUAUUACCAAUACAAAGAGAAACCUCUUUCCUUAA